GGGCGUCCCCGGGUUCUAAACAUAGCAGCCCCUGCCUGGAACUCCCAACGCCACCCAGCCGUGGGAGCCGCCAUGGCACGGCAGCAUGCCCGGACCCUGUGGUACGACAGGCCCAAAUAUGUGUUCAUGGAAUUUUGCGUUGAGGACAGCACCGAUGUCCAAGUGCUCAUUGAGGAUCACCGCAUUGUAUUCAGCUGCAAGAAUGCUGAUGGAGUGGAGUUGUACAAUGAAAUUGAGUUCUAUGCCAAGGUGAACUCCAAGGACUCCCGAGAUAAGCACUCUGGCCGGUCCAUUACUUGCUUUGUGAGGAAAUGGAAGGAGAAGGUGGCCUGGCCCCGGCUCACCAAAGAGGAUAUCAAGCCAGUGUGGCUGUCUGUGGACUUUGAUAACUGGAGAGACUGGGAAGGGGAUGAAGAGGUGGAGCUGGCUCAGGUGGAACAUUAUGCAGAGCUUUUGCAGAAGGUCAGCACCAAAAGACCUGCCCCUGCCAUGGAUGAUCUGGAUUUCAGCACCACCGUGGUCUCCUGCCGUCCCGCAGAGCUGCAAACCGAAGGGAGCAGCGGCAAGAAAGAAGUGCUGAGCGGUUUCCAAGUGGUGCUGGAAGACACGCUGCUCUUCCCUGAGGGCGGGGGACAGCCUGAUGACCGGGGUACAAUCAAUGACAUCUCUGUGCUAAGAGUGACCCGCCAGGGGGCCCAGGCUGAACAUUUCACACAGACAGCCCUGGCUCCCGGGAGCCACGUCCAGGUCCGGGUGGACUGGGAGCGGAGAUUUGACCACAUGCAACAACAUUCAGGGCAGCAUCUCAUCACAGCAGUUGCUGACCAUCUGUUUGGGCUAAAGACAACAUCAUGGGAGUUAGGGAGGUUCCGGAGUGUGAUUGAGCUGGACAGCCCAUCUGUGACUGCAGAGCAGGUAGCUGCCAUUGAGCAGAGUGUCAAUGAAAAAAUCAGAGAUCGACUUCCUGUGAAUGUGCAAGAACUGAGCCUGGAUGAUCCUGAGGUGGAGCAGGUCAGGGGCCGGGGUUUGCCGGGUGAUCAUGCUGGGCCCAUUCGAGUUGUUACCAUUAAGGGCAUUGAUUCCAACAUGUGCUGUGGGACCCACGUGAGCAAUCUCAGUGACCUUCAGGUCAUUAAGAUUCUGGGCACUGAGAAGGGGAAAAAGAACAAAACUAACCUGUUAUUUCUGGCUGGGAACCGGGUGCUGAAGUGGAUGGAGAGAAGUCAUGGAACUGAAAAAGCAUUGACUGCUAUGCUUAAGUGUGGAGCAGAGGAUCAUGUGGAAGCAGUGAAAAAGCUCCAGAACACCACCAAGCUCCUGCAGAAGAACAACCUGAAUCUGCUCAGAGACCUGGCUGUGCACAUUGCCCACAGCCUCAGGAACAGCCCAGACUGGGGAGGUGUGGUCGUACUACACAGGGGAGGGAAAAGACUCAGGGCUUCUGUUUUUUUUUUGUGUGUGUGUGUGUGUGUGGCUUUUCUUUCAGAAACCUCCCUGACUACAUCUCUGUUCCCCAGGGUGGCUGAGAUCCUGGAAGGCAAAGGAGCGGGGAAGAACGGCCGCUUUCAGGGCAAAGCCACCAAGAUGAGCCGGCGAGCAGAGGCGCAGGUGCUUCUCCAGGACUACGUCAGCACGCAGAGUGCUGAGGAGUGAAGGCUCAGGGUGCCCACCUUCUGUAACCACAGAAAGUGUCUUGCAUGAGAAAAUAGUUUAACUCAAAAUGGUUGUGAUACCACUUAUGUUUAUGUGACUAAUUUGUACCAUAUAUGCCAGUGUGCUUGUACAAUUAGUAUCUUUGUGAAUAAACAGUUUUCUAAUUUGGCGUCUA